AUGCUGAAGACCCGGCCUCUCCUCAUCGCGCUGCAGCGCAGCAGCAGCAGCCGCAGCAGCAGCAGCAGCAGCAGCAGCAGCAGCAGCAGCAGCAGCAGUAGCAGCAGCAGCAGCAGUAGCAGCAGCAGCAGCAGCAAGGCAGCCGCGAAGAGCAGCAGGGGCAGCAGCUGCACUUCAAGCCGUUACAAAGGAAUUGAAAAAAGCAGCUGCGCUGCUGCUGCCGAUGGCUGCAACAACAGCAGCAACCCCCGAACUGCAGCAGCAGCAGCAGUAGCAGCAGCAGCAGCAGCAGCAGCAGCAAAAGAAAACCCAAAGAUACCAAAGUGCGCAAACGGCGAAGCAGACGAAGUAGCUGCAGCAGCAGACGAAGCAGCCGCGGCAGCAGCAGCAGCAGCAGCUACAGCAGAGACGAACAAAGAUACACCAAGUCAAAGCAGCAGCAGCAGCAGCAGCAGCAGCAGCAGCGCAGCAACUCAAAAUAGCAUCUCCUUUACUGAGGGCGCAGCUGAAGAACAAUUAUUUUGCGUCCCAACCAAAGUGCAGGAGCUGCAGCAGCAGACUCCCCCUGCGUCUGCUGCUGCUGCUGCUGCUGCUGCUGCUGAGGUGGGCGCGCACUGCAAAAUGGAGGCAGCAGCGUCUCAGGCCUCCACAGCAGCACCUCAGGGAGAAAAAGAAAAAAGCAGUUUAAUUGAUUUGCUGCUGAGCAGCAGCAGCAGCAGCAGCAGCAGCAGCCUGAAGCAAAGCUCAGCUCUGUCUUCUUUUGACUUUACGCACACUUCCCACAGGAGCAGCAGCAGCAGCAACUACAGUAUGGGAUGCAGCAGCAGCAGCAGUAGCAGCAGGCGCUGCGCUGUCAGGUGCGCCAGCAGCAGCAGCAGCAGCAGCAGCAGUAGCAGCAGGAGCAGCAGGAACUUCGGUGUGCCUUCCACGCGCUCAGUGAAGCUCCACCAGACCGCAGCAGCAACAGCAGCAGCAGCAGCAGCAGCAGCAGGGGCUGCUGAAAGAGGGAGCGAGCCGGGCUGCAUGCAGGGGGGGAAAGCUGGGGUGUACGUACACCGCAGCAGGGGGACCCGGGGCCGGCCCAUGCCAGUCGCCAAAAUCAAUUUAUCUUUUCGGAAUUCUUUUGAAUCUUCUGAUGGAGUUUUGGGGCUUUUUGCAUGCAAAGAAAAGGCGCAUGCAAGUACUGCUGCUGCAGCAAAAAGAAAAAAGAAAAAUAAAACUUCUAAGUCCUUUUGA